AUGGAACGGGGAGGGACGCCUUCCCUCAGCAGACCCCCGCCAUCCCGGGGCGGGGCGGGGGGCGGGCGAUGGUUGGUGUCCAAGGAAACCGAGCGCACGCCGAGCCCGCCUCCUUCCCGCCGGGCCGCCGCCGCCAUGAUGAUGCUGGGCCGCGGGCUGGACGCCAGGGACAAUCAAACUAGACAAAUACAAGAUGCUGUUUCAAAUGUGGAAAAACAUUUUGGCGAAUUGUGCCAAAUAUUUGCUGGAUAUGUACGUAAAACUGCCAGACUACGAGACAAAGCAGAUCUUCUAGUAAAUGAAAUAUAUGCAUAUGCAGCCACAGAGACACCAAACUUAAAAGUUGGACUGAAAAACUUUGCAGAUGAAUUUUCCAGACUUCAGGAUUAUCGCCAGGCAGAGGUUGACAGGCUUGAAGCCAAAGUUGUUGAACCUCUGAAAAGUUAUGGGACUAUAGUGAAACUGAAAAGGGACGAUCUUAAAGCAACUUUAACAGCAAAGAAUCGAGAAGCCAAGCAAUUAUCUCAGCUGGAAAAGACACGUCAGCGGAAUCCAUCGGAUCGACACAUUAUUGCUGAAAGUGAAUUGCAAAGAGCUUCACUGGAUGCAACACGAACAACCCGGCAAUUAGAGGAAACCAUUGAUAAUUUUGAGAAGCAGAAAAUAAAGGACAUAAAAAACAUAUUUUCUGAAUUUAUAACUAUUGAAAUGUUAUUCCAUGGGAAAGCUUUAGAGAUUUAUACUGCUGCCUACCAAAAUAUCCAAAACAUUGAUGAAAAUGAAGAUUUAGAGGUUUUUCGGAGUUCACUUUAUCCACCAGACUAUCAGUCUCGCUUAGACAUAGUUCGUGCAAAUUCCAAGUCCCCCCUGCAAAGAACUGGCUCCUUAAAAUCUUCACUGAAGACAGUACAGAUUUCUAGCAGUACCACAAGGAAAAAUGAAGAGGAAGAAGAAGAGGAGGAAGAUGAAGAAGAGGAGGAAGAAAUAUAGAUGCUAAGAACGAAGAGACAUAACUAAACUGUUAUGUCUGAGUGUCUUAAUUGAAUGGCCAAUACAAAAGACAUCUUCUUACAUAAAGGUAUUUAUGUACUAAUCAAGAACUUCACUGUGGUUGUAUUUUUAAAAAUUGCAACAGGAGUGAGAGUUAGUACUAAUGGUAAAGUGUACAGACAACAAAUGAUGUUUCAAAGAAUGGAAUGUUAACUUGGUGAAAGUGGGCAGUUACAGUAGCUAGAAAAUGAAAAAUUUAAAUAUAACCCUGUAUUAAACAGGCUCAGAUGUUCUAA